AUGGCCACCCCUAGUGUCCUGGCCUUUGACGCUGAGGGUCGCGCCAUUGACUUUGCGGUCUGGGUCGAGGACCUGCAGCUGUACUUGCAGUGCGAUUCAGUAGAUGACAUCUCUCUCUUUGACUUUGCCUCCGGCGCUGUCCCUGCCCCUGCUGCUGAUGCUGACCCCACUGUUCGCUCCAAGUGGGCCACACGCGAUGCUGCUGCACGUCUUGCUGUGCAUCGCCACCUCCCUUCCUCUGAGCGUGCACACUUUAGUCAGUUCACCUGUCUCCCUCAGUCCCUUCGUGCUAUUAGGGACCAGUUUCUCUCUGUCUGUCCCACCACCCUCACUGUCGACCUCCUCGAAAAGUCCCUGCUAGCGGCCGAGAAGAGCAUAGUCGCUGUAGGGGCCUCUCGUGGUGACCCCCGCACCCCCAUCUUUGAGGGGUGUUCUCCUUCCCCCCUGUUACCCUCUGUCGCCUCUGCUGCUGCGACCGACCUCGUUGGUCUAGAGUCGGUCGGUGCGGCGUCUGCCCCCAGCGGUAGGCGCCGCUCUGGCAAGGGCAAGGGGGGCAAGGGAGCGGGUGGAGCUAGCGGGGGCGGUGGCGGAGGAGGUGGGGGCGGCGGGGGGAAUGGGGGUGGCGGUGGAGGUGGGGGCGGGGGUGGAGGUGCUAGUGGCGGCAGUGGAGGCGGAGGUGGCGGCGGAGGUGGCGGUGGGAGCGGCGAGGGCGAGGGUGGCGGUGGCGGCGGUGGCGGCGGAGGCGGGGGUGGCGGUGGUGGAGGUGGUCGGAGUGGCUCGUCCCAGCGGAGCAGCACUGGGGGUGGUCACCGCCAGCAGCAGCAGCAGCAGCAGCAGCAGCAGCAGCAGCAGCAGCAGUGCUCUCGCGACGUCCCCGCCCCUCAGCAGCUCCGUGAGUGGUACUCGCAGCGUCAGCGUGGUGGGGCGUUCGGUCCCUGCACCUACGUCCUUCGCACCGGCGACCGCGCGGGUGAGCAGUGUGGGGGCACCCACACCGCCCGCCGCUGCUUUGCUCGCCUGACCGACGCUUGGCGCCAGCAGUUUCCGGAGGCCUCUGAGAUCCCCCGCUGGGGAGAGCUGUCAAGGGCUGGUGUAGCUAUCUUUGAUCUUGACUUUGAUGCUAUCCUUGCUGCCAUGUAUGCUGUGACUGUUAGUGAUGAGGGUGACUGUUACCCGUGUUUCCCGCCCGACUCGGGCAUUGGUACUGCUGCGUCAGGUGCCAGUGAGGCUGCUGCUCUAGUUGCCAGUGCGUCUGUGCUCUCAGGUACUGGUGAGUCUGCACUCUCAAGUACUGUGUCGGCUUCGGCCUCUCACACCUUCACCCUUGACUCUGGGGUGUCUCGCUCCUUCUUUCGGGACCGCACCACUCUUACGCCGCUUAGUCGGCCGGUUGCGGUGUCCCUGGCUGACCCCUCUGGGGGUCCUGUCCUGUCUCGUUUCUCCACAGUCCUCCCGUGUCCGGCGGCUCCCUCUGGCACCCUGUCUGGUCUCUACCUCCCCUCGUUCUCUACGAACCUGGUGAGUGGUGCUGACCUACAGGAUGCGGGUGUCCACCAGUUCACUCCUGCUCGUCAGCGGGUGACACACUGCACAGAGGCUAGCACAGGUCGCCACCUGGCUACGUUUACACGUCAGCCAGGGUCGAGCCUAUACACACUGACCACUGCUUCUCCUCCAGGUACUGAGUCUGGUAGGGUCUCUUCGUCUGGUCAGGUGUUUGCUGCAGCGUCCAGGUCUGGUCCUGAGUCUGACCCCUGUUCGUGUCGCCGUCUGUCUCACGAGACCCUCCUCUGGCACCACCGCCUUGGCCACCCCUCUCUGCUUCGGCUCAGAGGCAUGGCCUCCCGUCUUCUUGUGUCUGGUCUCCCCCGGUCCCUCCCUCCCCUUCCUCAGGGCCCUGGCCCUGCCUGUGUCCCCUGUGUCGAGGGGCGCCAGCGUGCUGCCCCUCACUCCUCCCAGUUUCCUCCAACAGAGGCUCCGUUGCACACGCUUCACAUGGACGUGUGGGGCCCUGCCCGCGUCCGUGGACUCGGUCACGAGCGCUACUUCCUGUUGGUGGUUGACGACUACUCGCGUUACACCACAGUCUUCCCCUUGCGCAGCAAGGGUGAUGUCACUGAGGUGGUGAUCAACUGGAUCCGCGCAGCUCGUCUCCAGCUCAGGCAGAGCUUUGGCUCGGACUUUCCUGUGUUGCGUGUGCACUCGGACAGAGGCAGAGAGUUCUCCUCUGGCCUUCUGCGUGCCUACUGUCGUGCGCGAGGCAUCCGUCAGACCUUCACGCUUCCGGACUCACCGCAGCAAAAUGGGAUUGCAGAGUGCCGCAUUGGCAUGGUCAUGGACGUCGCUCGUACGUCUAUGAUGCAUGUGGCUGCCCCCCAUUUUUUGUGGCCGUUUGCGGUAAGGCACGCGGCGCAUCAGAUCAACCUCCACCCCAGGGUCUCUAGGCCAGAGACCUCCCCAACCCUGCUGUGGACGGGGAAGGUUGGCGAUGCGUCGACGUUCCGGGUCUGGGGAUCUCGAGCGUUUGUCCGCGACUUGUCUGCGGACAAGCUGUCCCCUCGCGCUGCUCCCUGCGUCUUCCUGGGGUUCCCCCCCGACGCCCCUGGGUGGCAGUUCUACCACCCCACCUCUCGACGUGUUCUGUCCUCCGAGGAUGUCACGUUCGACGAGUCGGUACCCUACUACCGCCUCUUCCCCUACCGCACUCCGUCCCUCCCCCCGCCCCCCGCUCUUCUCGACGCGGUUGAGCCUGUCCUGGUCACUGGUGACUCUGGUGCUGCUGCGGGAGCUGAGCCUGGGGGUGCUGGGACUGGAGGUGCUACGCCUGGGGUUACUGAGCCUGGGGGUGCUGAGCCUGGGGUACUGAGUCUAGGGGUACUGAGCCUGGGGGUGCUGGGCCUGGGGGUGCUGAGCCUGGGGGUGCUGUGCCUGGGGGUGCUCUGCCUGGAGGUGCUUUGCCUAAGGGUGCUGAGCCUGGAGGUUCUUCGCCUGGAGGUUCUCCGCCUGGAGGUGCUUCGUCUCGCCGAGAGCCACUCUCCCCACAGGAGCUGCGUGAGUGGUUUGCCCGGCGCUGGAGGCGUGCUGCUGGUGCUGGAGGUUCUUCGGCUGCAGAGGGUAAUGCUGCCGCGCGUCCCCGAGGUGCUCGUACUGGGGGUACUAGAGCUGCUGGGCCUGAGGGUUCUUCUUGAGCUGGUACUGCUGAGGGUGUUGGCGCUGAGACUACCGCUGGCGGUCCAGCUGGCAGUGCUCCUGGUGUUGUUGGGGGUUCUGGAGCUACUGGAGGUGCUACUGGAGGUGCUGCUGGAGCGGAUACUCCUGCUUGGGUCACAGCUACAGCCUGCCUCCCCUUUGCCUGCUCCUUCUCCCUACGCUGGUCCGACUGGAGGUCUUACUGAGCGUCGUGAGCGUGCGUCUCGUCCUGCGUCGCCUGUUCGUAAUGCGCGCACUAGUGGUCGCGGUUCGCGUCAGCGUCCUCCUCCUGUCCCUGGCACGCACCGGAUGUCUCUGCGUCCGUCCACUGCUCCUCUGCGUGCCCCUUUGCCUUCUCCUCCUGCUUCCUCUCUUCCUGCUCUUGCCGACCCGGAGUCGGACUCUCUUCGUGCUGCCAGUCCUACUAUCACGCGUCUCCUUGCUACUGUUGUCACUGACCCUUCUUUCGAGUCUUCUGCUGCGUCUGCCCUUCUCACUGAGAUCGUCGACUUUGCUGCGCGCUGUCGUCUAGACUACGCUGCUAGUCUUGUCACUGAGUCUGAGUCUGUCUGUCCUCCGUCCGUCGGGGGUGAGUGUGCCCUUGGCACGGACGUACUUGAGGACAGGCAGGAGGAGUUCCAGUGUUUGGUCGCCGCUUCACCUCAUCUCGCGUCUGUACUGCUAGCCCCUGAGGGAGACCCGGAUGCACUAGACAUCCCGACUCCGCGCUCUUACGCAGAGGCGAUAGAGGGUCCCUACUCCUCUCAGUGGCAGGCAGCUAUGGAUGCAGAGAUGGCUUCCUGGAAGUCCACAGGCACCUACGUUGACGCUGUUCCCCUUCUUAGGGCGAACAUAGUCAGUGGCAUGUGGAUCUUCAGGGUGAAGCGGCCGCCGGGUUCUCCGCCUGUCUUCAAGGCGCGUUACGUGGCUCGUGGCUUCAGUCAGCGGCAGGGAGUUGACUACUUUCAGACCUUCUCCCCCACUCCGAAGAUGACCACUCUUCGGGUGCUGCUGCACGUUGCUGCUCACCGUGGCUACGAGCUGCACUCUCUCGACUUCAGCACUGCUUUCUUGCAGGGCAGCCUGCACGAGGAGAUCUGGCUGCGUCGCCCACCUGGCUUCACUGGGUCUUUCCCUCCUGGUACCCAGUGGAGUCUCCGGCGUCCAGUCUACGGUCUCCGCCAGGCGCCACGUGAGUGGCGCCACACACUGAGGACUACACUGGUGGCACUUGGGUUUGCUCCUUCUACUGCCGACCCGUCUCUGUUUCUGCGCACCGACACCUCUCUGCUGCCGUUCUACAUCCUCGUGUACGUCGACGACUUGGUCUUUGCCACAGCUGGCACUGCUGGACUCGCCUACGUGAAGUCCGAGCUGCAGAAGAGACACAGGUGCACUGACCUGGGUGAACUGCGCAGCUACCUUGGCUUGCAGAUCACCCGGGACAGAGCACGCCGCACCAUUACCCUGACUCAGUCACACAUGGUGCAGCAGGUCCUUCAGCGCUUCGGCUUCACGUACUCCUCGCCUCAGGCCACUCCUCUGCCUACUCGCCACUCGCUCUCAGCUCUGCCUUCGGAUGAGUCCGUAGAGUCGAGUGGCCCGUACCCGGAGCUUGUUGGCUGCCUCAUGUUCCUGAUGACCUGCACACGACCUGACCUUGCAUACCCUCUUAGCAUUCUCGCACGCUAUGUUGCUCCUGGGAGACACCGACCAGAGCACUUGGCUGCAGCGAAGAGGGUGUUGCGCUACUUGUGCAGUACAUCGGGCUUGGGGCUAGUGCUUGGAGGGCGCAGUCCAGUGGUCCUCACUGGGCACGCGGACGCUUCUUGGGCUGACGACCAGGCUACGCAGCGGUCGUCACAGGGUGACACCUUCAGUCUUGGUUCCGGCUCUGUUUCGUGGCGGGCUACUCGCUCGUCUUCUGUUCUCGGCUCCAGUUGUGAGGCUGAGAUCUACGCGGGGGCCAUGGCUGCACAGGAGCUUCGCUGGCUCACCUACCUGCUGACCGACCUUGGAGAGCCGCCGCGUUCUCCUCCAGUCCUGUAUGUAGACAACAAGGCCAUGCUGGCCUUGUGUCGAGAGCAGCGACUGGAGCACAGGACAAAGCACAUUGCUCUCCGCUACUUUCUUGCUCGUGAACUGCAGCAGCGUGGACAGUUGCGACUUGCGUACGUGGCCUCUGAGGCCAACACUGCUGAUGUCUUCACCAAGGCACUUGCGCCUUGUGAUCAUCAGCGUUGCUGCACGCAGCUGGGUCUUGUGCCUGUCUUGCCUCACUUGCUCACUUCUUGA